AUGGAGACCGUGAACACCUCCGAACGUCUCUCGAGACUCAGAGAGUUGAUGCAGGAACACAAGGUCGAUGUAUACAUUGUCCCAUCCGAAGAUAGUCAUCAGUCAGAGUAUAUUGCUCCAUGUGACGGCCGCCGAGAAUUUAUCUCUGGCUUCUCCGGGUCCGCUGGAACAGCCAUUGUUUCCCUGAACAAAGCUGCUCUGUCCACCGAUGGGCGAUAUUUCAACCAGGCUUCAAAACAGCUUGACAACAAUUGGCAGCUCUUGAAGCGUGGUGUCGAAGGCUUUCCGACAUGGCAGGAAUGGACUACCGAACAGGCCGAAGGCGGUAAGGUCGUUGGUGUCGACCCAGCUUUGAUCACAGCGUCUGGUGCCCGUAGCCUCUCGGAAACGCUCAAGAAAAAUGGCGCGACGCUGGUGGGUGUUCAGCAGAACUUGGUUGAUCUGGUCUGGGGCAAGGACCGGCCUGCUCCCCCGAGGGAGAAGGUAAGAGUCCAUCCGGAAAAAUAUGCUGGGAAGAGCUUCCAGGAAAAGAUUAGCGAACUCCGCAAAGAGCUAGAGUCGAGAAAAUCGGCAGGCUUCAUCGUUUCAAUGCUCGAUGAAAUUGCAUGGCUGUUCAACUUAAGAGGCAGCGACAUUCCUUAUAAUCCGGUCUUCUUCUCUUUUGCCAUCAUCACACCUACAACUACGGAGCUUUAUGUCGAUGCUGACAAGCUGACGCCGGAAGUGACAGCUCAUCUGGGCCAAGACGUUGUGAUCAAGCCAUAUGAUGCUAUCUAUGCCGAUGCGAAGGCCCUUGGUGAGGCAAGAAAGCAAGAAGCAGGAGAAACAGCCUCUAAAUUUCUGUUGUCCAAUAAAACUUCGUGGGCCCUUAGCCUUAGCCUUGGAGGCGAGGGACAGGUCGAAGAAGUCCGUAGCCCCAUUGGCGAUGCUAAAGCAGUGAAGAAUGAUGUGGAGCUCGCGGGCAUGCGAGCAUGCCACAUCCGCGACGGCGCCGCGUUGAUAGAAUACUUCGCCUGGCUCGAGAACGAAUUAGUCAACAAGAAAUCGACUCUUGACGAGGUGGACGCCGCAGACAAACUAGAGCAGAUCAGAUCUAAACACGAACUGUUUGCCGGUCUUUCGUUUGACACUAUCUCUUCUACUGGCCCUAACGGCGCAGUUAUCCACUAUAAACCGGAAAAAGGAAGUUGCUCUAUCAUCGAUCCGAAUGCCAUCUACCUCUGCGAUUCUGGUGCUCAAUACCUGGAUGGAACCACAGAUGUUACCAGAACGUUCCAUUUCGGACAACCCACCGAGCUCGAGAAGAAGGCCUUCACACUGGUUCUCAAGGGCAUGAUCGGUCUGGAUACUGCUGUGUUCCCAAAGGGUACGAGUGGGUUUGCACUUGAUGUGCUCGCCAGACAGUACCUCUGGAAGGAGGGACUCGAUUACUUGCAUGGAACCGGGCACGGGAUUGGCUCCUACUUGAAUGUACACGAGGGGCCAAUGGGUGUCGGCACCCGCGUCCAGUACACUGAGGUCCCUAUAGCACCUGGAAACGUCAUUUCUGAUGAACCUGGCUUCUACGAGGACGGCAAGUUUGGUAUUCGGAUAGAGAAUGUUAUUAUGGCGCGUGAGGUGCAAACCACGCACAAGUUUGGCGACAAACCGUGGCUGGGCUUCGAGCAUGUCACAAUGGCCCCUAUUGGUCGCAAUCUGAUCGAACCGUCUCUUCUCAGUGAUGCUGAGCUCAAAUGGGUGAACGACUAUCAUGCGGAGAUCUGGGAGAAGACCCACUGCUUCUUCGACAACGAUGAAGACACGCGCAGCUGGCUCCAGCGGGAAACACAACCCAUCUCCAAAUGA